AUGCCGAAAUCCUUUACGCCCUACACGUACAUCCAAUGUCCGUGUUCCGACACGGGCUCCUCAGCGGCCACGGCGGCCCGCGAGGCCAAGAGCGCCCCGUCAUUCGCCGACACGUCGUCCCACAUCGACCGACAGCCGAGCGAGCAUGAGGGGGACGACAGGACGUUCGACCCACGGUCUGCGCGCGCCAACUACAGCCUGUAUCCGCUGGAGUACCUGCUGUACUGCGAGGACUGCCACCAGAUCCGCUGUCCGCGUUGUGUGGCCGAAGAAAUCGUCACGUAUUACUGCCCGAGCUGUCUGUUUGAGGUGCCGACGAGCAACCUGAAGAGCGAGGGGAACCGAUGCACGCGAAGCUGCUUCCAAUGCCCGAUCUGUGUGGCCCCUCUGACGGUGACGAGCCUCGAGGCGGCGCCCGUGGUUGGCAGCCUGGGCGUGCCCGAGGGUGGCUCAGCCGGCAGCGGGGGUCCGUUUGUGCUCACGUGCAGCUACUGCCAAUGGUGUUCGACCGAGGUGGGCAUCAAGUUCGACAAGGCCAACGGGCUGUACAGCCAGCUGGCGAAGCUGCGGAACGGCGGCAAGGCCCGGCUGCUGCCACGUGAGCGAAAGGAGCGGCCACGGCAGCUGAGCGUAUCGAUGCCGUCGCUGCUGGUCGACGGUGAAGAGCCGCAGGCACUGUCGGUCGGGCUGUCGUCCUCGGCUGCCGCAACAGAAGCCGGCCACGAGCAGGGCCUGGACAUUGACCGACAGUUUGGCAACCUCAAGCAGUUCUACCAGCAGCAGCUGUCGGAGACCAGCGGCACCGGUGCCGGCGGGCUGGCAUCAUUCGGCGACCUCGGCUUCGGCUCGCAGGCGUCGCUGUCGCGCAUCAUGAGCAUGUACACCAGCGGGCUGGCCUUGUCGGGAUCCCGCUUCGACAAGCGAGCACAGUCGCGCGUGCGGACGAUGCGUGAGGCCCGCGACGAGGCCGAAGGCUUCCUGGUGGCCCAGCUGGAUGAGUCAGCCGUCAUCGACCGGCUGUGUGGUCUCGACGGUGCCGGCAGCGACAGCAGCCAUGACGCCUGGGACGCCACAGCCUCGGCCGAGCAGCGGGCUGCCCAGCCAACAUACACCGGCGAAGCCCAGCUGCACGGCCGUGCACGCUUUCUCGACGAGCUGCGACCGGUGCCCGUUCUGCUGCGCACGAAGCGGUCCAAGCGCUGUCCCGUCUGUCGCCACAUCAUCAGCAAACCCGAGGCCAAGUCGACCAACAACCGGUUCCGCAUCCGGCUGGUCGCCGGCAGCUACAUCCCCAGCAUCUCCAUCCGGCCGCUGCAGACGAGCGGCAGCGUCAGCAGCAUCCACGUGUCGUCACCAUCGACCAGCUCGUCUGCCCGCACGGCCUCGGCCUCGAUGUCGACGUCGACCCUGCCGACAAAUCUGCUGGAGCCCCUGAAGCCGGUCCAGUACAUCCUCACGUUCAAGAACCCCAUCUUCGAGAACGUGCGGGUCACGCUGGCUGCACCUUCGACCACGCCCGGCCGCUUCGCCAGCAAGGUCACCGUGCUCUGCCCGCAGUUCGAGGUCGACUCCAACACGGAUGUGUGGGACGAUGCCCUGCGCGACAACGACCGCGGCCCCAGCAGCGGCAGUGGCGGCUCUGCCGUCGGCAGCAGUGGCCACGGCCGCCGCACCGACGACAGCCAGCCGCACCAGGCCAUGGCCGGCAAGAUCUGGGAACGCGGCCGCAACUGGGUCAGCAUCGUGCUCGAAGUCGUGCCACCGUCGUUGAGCCUGGAGGUGCUGGCCGUGACGAGCCGGUCGGCCGCCAACAAAGGGAAGGAGGUCGAUCUGGGACCGCUGCGCGAGGACGAGGACGUGGUGGAGAUCCCGAUGUUUGUGCGCGUCGAGUGGGAGGCCGAGGUCGAGAAAGACGGCGGCGGCACGACGGCCGGCCGCGACAAGGACGCCAAGGAGAAGCGGGAACUGGCCUACUGGUGUGUCCUUGGGAUUGGACGUGUCCGGCGGGACUAG